AUGAAAGCUGCUUUAUUGUUUCUCUUGAUUGUAGUUUUUAUUGCCGAGGCAGAAAUUCCAGCUUGCCUCACCGGCACUAUCUCUUUUGAUCCACCUCUUGACACAUCCAUUGUUACAUACUAUCCCAAUAGUUUCAAUGGUAAUAAUGCUCCGCUUUUCCCGGAUAACUACCAAUGUAAUUAUCAAAUUAAUGUACCACAAGAAUGGUGGGUGGAAAUCCAGAUGACAGUGCAGCUGGCAAAUCAGUCAGAUGAAAGAGUUUCAGUUGUAGUGGUAGAUCAGAUAGGACCUACUGAAGGAAUUCAAUACGCUUCUCAAGAUUCGUUCUAUUUCAUCUCGCCUGGUGGAAGUAUUCAACUAUCAACAACAACCACAAAAACACAACUCGGUUUUUCGAUUCAAUGGAAGAAAUAUCAACCUUUUUCACCGAACUUGAUUAAUCUAAACUUCUCCGAUACCGUGCCGAAAUUUUUGGAUCUUUCCAAUACAGUUCCCUAUGUCAUUUCGGCUGAAACUCGGACAUCUGUUCUUGUGAUACCUACUCAGGACAAUAAGUAUCAGCACCUUCUACGUGGUAUUCUGAUCUAUGAUGGAUUGACAUGGAAUUCCACAUGUCUCGGAACAGCUAAGCAACUGUGGAAAAGUAAGACUCAAUGGGUCUCGACUGGAAAAGAGAUGACUGUACAGUUCCUUUUUGGAGCAUCAUCUGAUAGUUUAAUUCGAUUGGUUUUUCAAGAUUUUGAGAACACUAAGAAUAUAAAGCACUUCGAAGGAAUACGUUCAGAUUCAGAAGACAAAGUUUUUUCAUUCGAUGCAACAAAGGGAUCAUCAGCAAUCAUUACCUAUGACGGACAAGAUCAAACAGUAGAAACUUUGAGAAGCUUUGGAGGGGACGGUACAUUAGAUGUAUACGCUGGAGGAAUCACACAAAGCAAGAAAAACCUGAUAGCCACUUACUCGGUCAGUUCAGAUUCUCUUCGUCUUCCUCAGCAGUUCUAUGGAAACUUCAAAACUUAUGUGUUUAGCGGUGAUAAAUAUUCACAAGCAACAUUCAGUCUUGUGAGAGACACUUCAUUUUCGUCAACUAAGACAACUGGACGGACAGGGUUUAUCUCAUCGAACCACUGGGGACAGGACGGUCAAUCACAGUAUGCCAGUGCAAUCAUCAAUGCUCCACCAGACCAGUUGGCCACAUUCUCUAUAAACAUUCAUUCAGUUGAUUUUACUCCUGGAACUAUUUUGGUUCUGACAGGAAGUAAUGGCAAAAAUAACGUGUAUGAUGAGAAGUGA